GCGGAACUGGAGGGCGGCGCACACUCGGACGAGACGAACAGCGGCGGCGACAACAGCAACGCCGGAAGUGUGUCCGGAGGCACGGACGACGACCAGGCGCGUCUUCGUUUAAAAAGGAAGCUUCAAAGGAAUCGCACGAGCUUCAGCAACGAGCAAAUCGACGCUCUGGAGAAGGAAUUCGAGAGGACGCAUUAUCCAGACGUAUUCGCCAGGGAGAGACUCGCUGGCAAGAUCGGCCUGCCGGAAGCUCGAAUACAGGUGUGGUUUUCGAAUCGGCGGGCCAAGUGGCGGCGCGAAGAGAAAUUGCGCACGCAACGGAGGGACAACCCGCAACACCAGCAGCCACAGCAGCAACAGCAACAGUCGCAGCAGCAGCAGCAGCAACAGCAACAGCAACAGCAACAGCAGCAGCAACAACAACACGCCGGAGGGGUGAGUCUGGUGGGUGCUGGCCAUCCGACACCGCCACCAGCCUCGGGUAUUUUGGCUAGUCAACCACCGCCGCAAGCACCACCCUCUCCACCGAGGAUACACCAUGGUUUCGCACCCACGGCCGUUUAUCCGGGAAUACCCAGCAUGCCAGACUCGUAUAGCCCGAUGACGUCGAUGCCGAGUUUCACGAUGUCCAGCGGUAGCCAGCAGAACCAACACACCACCAGCAGUAUGUCGUCGUUAUCAACAGGCGGUGGGAUGGGUCCCAUGGGCAUGACCGUGGGCAUGACAGUGGGCCCAAGUCCCGGAGCGUGCCUUCAGCAACGGGACAACGGAUACUCGUGUGGCGUGGCUCGUCCACCGAGCUACGAGCCCCUCCAUCUGGGAUACGGGGCACGACCCACGUGCAGUCCCACCCAGCCAUACCACACCGCGGGCCUGAAUCAGUACAAUCAGAAUACCAGUUCCACCGCUACUUCUGUUCCAGGUCUGAUAUCACCAGGUGUCAGCGUGCCGAUCGCAGUACCGGGUCAACCAGCACCAGACAUGGCAGCGCAAUACUGGUCCCCUCGGCUACAG